AUGACCAAGGAGUCCAAGCCGAUACACGAGGCUCGAGUACCAGAGGAGUACCAGCAGUACGGCGCCCUGUUCAGCAGAAAACACGACACAGAAACAGGUUUACCAGAGCGCAGCAGACGGGAUCACAGCGUACCGAUACAGGAAGGACAACAUCCAAGAUUCUUCCCGAUAUACGGACUCAACAACACGCAGUGGAAAGAACUGCAGGAAUACAUCGAUAAGAACCUAACAAGAGGUUACAUCAGACCAUCGAUAUCACCAGCUGGAUACCCAAUACUAUUUGUUCCUAAGAAGAACAGGAAGCUACGACUAUGCGUUGACUACCGACAGCUCAACAACAUCACGACGAAGAAUCAAUACCCCCUACCACUGAUACGAGAACUACGGGAUCGACUACAGAAGGCCAGAUGGUUCACAGCACUGGACCUAUCCGACGCCUACAACCUCAUCCGAAUUGCCCAAGGAGAGGAAUGGAAGACAGCAUUCAGAACAUGCUACGGUCAUUACGAAUACCUGGUUAUGCCGUUCGGGCUAACCAACGCACUAGCAAGUUUUCAGACUAUGAUCACACACGUUCUACGCGAAUUUGUCGACAAAUUCGUGGUAGUAUACCUGGACGACAUCCUGAUCCACUCGUAA